CAAGCUUUCUAAAAUCAGACUUUUGAAAUGCUGGCGAUUGUUUGGGGACGGAGAUACUGUGAGAAAUUAGGAUACAAAAGCACAUGCGUUCAAUUUUGUCAAUGGCCAGGGAGAUCUUCUUCCUGCCCAGAACCACAAGAGUCCACGAGAGACUGGAAGAAGGAGUCAUUGGCCGAGAGGGGGAGCCCAGCAGUACCAGCUGCUGGAGGGAGCCUGGAUCCCGGAGCAGCCGCGAGCGUCAGAGGAUUAGGAAAGGGGUUGGGGGUGGGGAGCGGGAUAGAGUGAGGAGGAAGGAGGGAGGGGAAAGCGGCUGGGGGGUCCUGAGUCCGGCUGAGUGCUGACGUAGAGAAACUUUCUCAGCCGCUGAUGAGGAAGAUCAGGCUGAACUAGAAUCGCAGAGCGUUGAACUACUCUCCCUAGACCCCGGUGCGUUUGGCGGGACCACCAGACAUCACUUUGUAAGGCUCAGGCUAGCUUUUUUGGAGGCCUCCCAGAAUCUUGGUUUCAGUGGAGAAGAGAAGGAGGAGAGCCCUGCCACAACAGUGAUGUGAGAUGAAGUGAAUGAAUCAGGAUUACAGUUGGGAAGAAUACAGGCCUUUUAAGACAACAAGACAAUAUCCAAUACAAACAACUCCAAUGUAAUUACCAGAUGAUGAGGAGAAAUCCCAAAUUUGGUAAAUAGAAGGGAAUUAGGUUAAUUGCAUUUGGGAAGAAGAUCACCACAUUUUGGCGCCCUGAACGUGGGACUGAUUCAGAUCCUGAUCCAGUGGAAAAGCAUCUGCUCUUGAUCCAGUGGAAAAGACUCUUCAACCCAGAAAUUAGGUCACAUGCGAUAUUGUAUGAAAAAUACAAGGGAGUACAACACUGGGAAAAUGCUGCUAUCAAAUGUGAUAUAAUCUACAUAACAUCUGGCAUCUCAUAUCCAGUUGAAUUGGGCAUACUCAGAUUGUUUAGUUCAGCUAUAGACUAUCCCCUCCCUUUCAACAACUAACUUCCAUGGUCCUCAAUUUUUUCAUCAUUUUAAUGGGGUAAAGUAAAAGAAAAUCAAGCAUUUAUUUGGCUGUGGCUCAUCAUCAUGAAUCGUGCUUUUAGCAGGAAGAAAGAUAAAACAUGGAUGCAUACUCCUGAGGCUUUAUCGAAACACUAUAUUCCCUAUAAUGCAAAGUUUCUUGGCAGUACGGAAGUGGAACAGCCCAAAGGUACCGAAGUUGUGAGAGACGCGGUUAGAAAAUUAAAGUUUGCAAGACAUAUCAAGAAAUCUGAAGGCCAGAAAACUCCUAAAGUUGAAUUACAAAUAUCAAUUUAUGGGGUAAAAAUUCUAGAACCAAAAACAAAGGAAGUCCAGCACAAUUGCCAGCUUCAUAGGAUAUCAUUUUGUGCAGAUGAUAAAACUGACAAGAGGAUAUUUACUUUCAUAUGUAAAGAUUCUGAGUCAAAUAAGCAUUUGUGCUAUGUAUUUGACAGUGAAAAGUGUGCUGAAGAAAUAACUUUAACUAUCGGUCAAGCCUUCGAUCUGGCCUACAGGAAAUUUCUAGAAUCUGGAGGAAAAGAUGUUGAAACAAGAAAACAGAUUGCAGGGUUGCAAAAAAGAAGCAGCAGAAGGAGCAGAUGCUGGAUACAAGAACUAGAAACUGAGAAUACAGAACUCAAAAAUAAAGUCCAGGAUUUGGAAAAUCAACUAAGAAUAACUCAAAUAUCAACAUCUCCAGCAGCCAGUGUGACACCUAAAUCACCUUCCACUGACAUCUUCGAUAUGGUUCCUUUUUCUCCCAUAACACCUCAGUCAACAACACCUACUCGCAAUGGUACACAGCCUCCUCCAGUACCUAGUCGUUCUACAGAGAUAAAACGGGACCUUUUUGGAGCAGAACCUUUUGAUCCUUUUAAUUGUGGAGCAGGUGACUUCCCUCCUGAUAUUCAAUCAAAAUUAGAUGAGAUGCAGGAGGGGUUCAAAAUGGGACUAACUCUUGAAGGCACGGUAUUUUGUCUCGAUCCAUUAGAUAGUAGGUGCUGAUACCAAGAACAAGAGAUCCCGACUCUUGUAUGACAUUCUUUUUAUCAUUAUUAUUAUAACGUGUAAUAUAAUUAUUAUCCAUGUGCCAAAAAUUUUUGUUUUUAAACAUGUUAACUUCUGUGAGAUAUGCUUCAGUAAGACUUCAAUACAGAUGCAUUGUUGAUCUGUAAAAUUGUAAAAAGCCACAUCUGCAUGUGAGCUAUUCAUUAAGUUACACUAUUAUGUUCAUUUCUGCUUCUGUUGGAGAUAAAUUUAUACUACUAAAGAAGAGGGAGUUUCCCAAUUCUUCUAUUUCUGGGUUAUAAGUUACUACCUUUGGAAACUACAUUAACUUUUCUCAGUCCACUAGGAUAUUAUUGAAUUGUAAUUCAAAUGUAACUUAAUACAUUUUUCCUGGUAGUUGGAAAGAAAAAGAAAGUGUCUAACUGAAAACUCAGGACUAAUAUAGGCCCUUGAAAUAUCUGACUCUGACUAUGUCUAAGUGAUACAUAUGUUUGCCAAUUCAGUGGAAGGUAGCAAAAUGAUUACUUGGUGAUAUGAGAGCCCAAAAGAAGUGGUUUAGAUUUAUAGUUAGCUUUUAUGACAUUAUAUAGUUAUAACCAAUUAUUUUAUAUAUCAAACCUAUGAAAUUUUCAUGAAUCAUGAGCCCUGUAUGUCAUUAUGUCUAUUAGCUGCUUUUCAUGUCACUGGAAAAUUUUACACCUUGAAAUUAAAUGACUUCAGAUCACUAACUUUCAGACACAUGAAAUGAUUAAUGAAUAUUAAUUGAGAAGAUAAUAAAAAUGAAUGUACUUAGAAUAUGUAGUAGUAUAUAUAGAUAUCAGGUAACUCCAAUUAUUAUAUUCAGUUGUUUACUAUGUUUUUUUUUAUUUUAAAAGUAAAAUUUGAAUCAAGAUCUAAGAAAAUAUAGAAAAUCAUUUUUAAAUACCAUCUUAUUUCAAAUGAAAGCAGUGAUAUUAAAAAGCAUAUAUACCUUUCUAAAUUGAUAAUAGAGAGGAAAAUAUAUUUGAAGAUAGAGUCUGCAUAUAUUUACAACACAUUGUACCUGUAUUUACUUUACAAAGCAUUUUUCUGCACAAAAGUAGUAUGUGUCUUAUUGGAAUAUUUUCCCUUGAAAAUGUAUUGAAUUUGAUGCCCAGCACAGUGCCUUGCACGUCACAGGCAUUUUUAUAUGUAUUUGUUGAAUUGAACUGACUUUCAAAUACUUAAUUUGAUAUGCCAUAGUUAGUACUGGUAUUUUAGCAUCUAUGAGAAUCAUUCUAUAUGAGUAAGUAAUCAUUAUUAGCAAUAUGAUGUGACCAAAUUUCACUUUAACCUGAAUUAAAAAAAAAAAAAAGAAAUCAUUAUGUAUGGACAUGUAAGUUAAGUUUCUGCUAGUGUCAGAGUAUAACUGACUUGGCUAUUUAUAUUUCAUUAAUCAUUAACAUGAGCAUUAAAAAUUUAUUUAAUUUCAUUCAUGAUUCAAUUAUGACCUUGUUCCUUGAAAAUAUUUUUAUUAGAGAGUCUUACACUUGCUUAAAAUAUAUAGUAACUAUAAUAAAGUGAUAUCCUAAAAAUAAGUCUUAUUAGGUUUCCCCUAAUACAGGUUUACUCAAAAAUAACUUAAAAAUUUGAUGAUUUAGAAAUAGAUGGGUAGGGAGGCAUAAAUCUUCUCCCCAAAAAAGGUUUUCUUUUUGGAUUCAUGAACAUUUGCUUUUGUUCUAUAUUCUAGUUUAAAUUUAAUCUGGGAAAACAUCAACUAUGUUCAUGCAGCAUCACAUUUCUUUGAGUUUUUUAAUGUUUGACCGUGUAUAUGAGUCUUCCUCUUUUCUAUAUUGCGUUCACAUGUAUCAUUAAUUCUAGAGUAGUAUAUGUUUCAUAAAAAGAUGUCUUUAUAAUUGUGUUUGUCAUAUAGUAUUUUGGAAUUUGUAUAAUGAGGAUGUUUAGUAGCCAUAUCUUAAUGGCUUUUUUAACAGAUAGAAUUUGUAUUUUUAUUGUACUUUAAAAAGCUUUAUGUAAUAGGCAUAUAUUUAGUGUCCAUUUACUAUCAAUGAUAACACAAUACAGUACUAAGAUGAUAUUUGCACAUGUAAAGAAAUUUUUCUUUACAGAUUUUUUAACAGUAAUCAGGUAUGAAAAUGGCAUGAUUAACAAUACAUAACUGAUCAUUCAGUUAAAAAAUGCUUAAUUUAGCAGUGCAUUUUUAAUGAAAGAUUUGGUUGAAAAUGUAUAUCUUUGUAAUCUCAAUGGUAUGUUUAAUUUUGCCACAAAUAAAUGUUUUUAAGUAAA